AUGGGGCCCCUGGAAGCAGUAGGCAAAGAAAACCAGACAGAUGAAAUGAAGAUGGAGCUGUUCACCAAGCUGUACUUGCCAAGAUACACCACACCGCUCAACGAAUUGGCUCUGGACCCUAAACCAGAACUGAAGGACAGCACAACGCUCGUUGAAGUGCAGAUAAUCCUCAUCUUUGCUUACUGCUCCAUCAUCCUGCUAGGGGUGAUCGGGAACUCCCUCGUGAUCCACGUGAUCAUCAAGUUCAAAAGCAUGCGCACAGUAACUAACUUCUUCAUUGCCAACCUGGCUGUGGCUGACCUGCUGGUGAAUACAUUGUGCCUGCCCUUCACUCUUGUUUACACGCUGCUGGGCGAAUGGAAACUGGGCCCGGUCUUGUGCCACCUUGUGCCCUAUGCCCAGGCUCUUGCUGUGCAUGUGUCUACCGUUACUUUGACUGUGAUUGCUUUGGAUCGGCAUCGCUGCAUUGUCUACCACUUGGAAAGCAAAAUCUCUAAGCGGAUCAGCUUCCUGAUUAUAGGAAUUGCUUGGGCAGUCAGUGCCCUGUUGGCAAGUCCUUUGGCCAUCUUCCGUGAGUACUCGCUGAUUGAGAUCAUUCCUGACUUCAAGAUUGUAGUCUGCUCUGAGAAGUGGCCAGGGGAGGGGCAGCUCAACUAUGGCACCAUCUACAGUGUCUCCAUGCUCCUGAUCCAGUAUGUGCUGCCUCUGGCGGUCAUCUCCUAUGCCUAUGCCCGUAUUUGGACCAAGCUCAAGAACCACGUUAGUCCUGGGGCAGGGAAUGACCACUACCACCACCGGCGGCGGAAAACCACCAAGAUGCUGGUGUGUGUGGUUGUGGUGUUCGCUGUCAGCUGGCUGCCAUUUCACACCUUCCAGCUAGUCAGUGACAUUGACAGUCAGGUGUUAGACCUGAAAGAGUACAAACUGAUCUACACAGUGUUUCACGUCAUUGCCAUGUGCUCAACGUUUGCCAACCCCCUGCUCUAUGGCUGGAUGAAUAACAACUACAGGACAGCCUUCCUCACGGCCUUCCAGUGUGAACAGCGGCUGGACUCCAUCCACCCUGAAGUAUCAACAGCUUUCAAAGCCAGGAAGAAACUAGAAGCAAAGAGGAUUCAAUUCCCUGGAGACUCUUUCACACAACCUACCAAUGUCUAA